CGUAGAGUAUAAGUUAGAAUUUUCGUUUCGAUUCAAAGCCGAGUUUUCUAAAUUUUGUAACUUUGCAAGAAGUUGUGUCUAUAGCCAACGAGAACGUUAAAAAAAUCAGAUUGAAAAUCAUGGCACUAAUUUUCAAUAUAUUAUUUCUUGUCAUAGUAACGGAAAAUUUUGCUGGUACAUUUGCGACAGAUUACUGCAAAUUAAAAUCAUGUGAAGAGAAAGGCAUUCAUACCAUGUGCACCUACACGUCGCCAAAACCGGCGAAAGCAUGCAAGGAAUGGAGUGAUCAAGGUUUUAGUGAUGCUGAAAGGAAAGCUAUAGUAGAUAAACACAAUCAACUGAGGCAGAAGGUUGCAUCGGGUAAGGAAAAGAGAGGAUCGAAUGGCCCGCAACCGGCGGCGGUUCGUAUGCCGGAUUUGACCUGGGACAAAGAACUAGAGACAAUUGCGCAAAGAUGGGCCAAUCAGUGCAAUUACGAUCAUGAUGACUGUAACGACGUAGAAAGAUUCGAAGUUGGCCAAAAUAUAGCCGAGGAAUCUAGUUCGAAUAAAGAUGACACUAGUGUGGACGACAUGAUACAAUCGUGGUAUGAUGAAGUGGCUGAUUUUGAUAAACGCGUCCUUUCGUCAUUUGCGUAAGUAUUGAUACCAGUA